AUGAACACUGAAGGUGAUUAUUUACAGUAUAAUGGACCAGGGGGUGGUGCUACUAUGGGAGGAAUGACCGGUUCAGCUUGGUUAAAUUCUAAUAUUGAUGUUGUAUCAUUAGUGAAUCAGGGUAACUAUGUUCGGUUUGAAUGUGGUUAUGGCGCUCCUAUUGGUAUAGGCGGAGCUCAUGUUAAUCUUUAUCAUAAUGAUGCUGCUGAUACGUGGUUUGUGCUGGUACUGGAAUUUUUACUGUUUAUGGUUUGGGGUUUGGCGAAAUAG